AUGGAUCGCUUGUUUUACCUGGCUGCUCUACGGUUAAUUUGGGGUAUCAUGGCUGACUUGAAUGUGCCUAACAGUGAUGAGUUGCAACUUUCGGGACCUGAUGUUGCAGAUGUUGCCAAGACUACUUCAUCAUGUCCUGUUUUCUCAACCUGUGUUUCGAGUGCCGAUGGGGAGCUCUAUGAAGAGCGUCGUGCAAACCUUAGAGAGGCUGCGAUUGGUAAGCUGCUGAUCAUCUUACGACAUUGUUUGCUUGCCAGUGUUACAGGCCGUCACAUUAUUGCCCUUGGAAAUGUUGAGUUGCAGACCGCUGGAGCCAGGGACAUCGUUGAUGCGGUGGUUGGUGUCAGGUGGGUUGCGAAGAGUUGCAGUGAUGUUGUCAACCCUUUUGAAGAAGAAACUUUGUGGAAGUACUUUCAGUUUUUGAGAGAUGUUGGCGCACCUGCCACGCGUGCCGAUUCCACACUGUCUGCUUUGCGCUUUGCACACUUCGUUUUAGGUUUUGACAGUUUGGCAGGUGUCUUCAUGAACCGUGGUUUGAGGUCUUCAGAAGUUUCGGCAUUGUUGCGGAUGUUUGUUGGUGCAAUUGAACCUGGUUCUGCGGAAGGAGUGCCCGUGGUAUCCAGUCACAGUUUGAAGGCCACGACACUGUCAUGGGCGGCGCGUUUUGGCCUCAGCCCUGCAGUACGGUCCUUGCUGGGCCGACAUUCAUCUUGCUUAAAUGAAACAUUUGCAGUGUAUUCAAGAGACCUCCUGGUGGGACCAGUGGCGGAGCUGCAGCGUGUGAUUGACUCAAUUGCCAAUGAUGAAUUUUUCCCUGAUUCACAGAGGUCAUGUUUUUUCAGGGCCGAUGCUCACCCUCAAGAUGCUGGCAUGGCUCUUGGUGAGAGCCCAGUUUUUGCGGCAGGUGACAGUUUUGGCGAAGGCUUGGUGAAAACAGAAACCCAGUGCGGGUUGGCUGGGAUGGAUGCCGUCUCAGUCGCGUCAUCACCAGAUGGCAAUGCGCUGGAGCCUGAGAAGGUCGUCGAAGAUGCAGGGUCAUCUGACUCCACAUCAAACGACAGUGAGCAGAUGUCCUCAGACGAUUCAGAUACAGCCGAGCCACCACCAAAGGUGAAACGUUUCAGAGCGCGCAUUCCAACAGAUGAGAAGUGGUAUGCCCACUCCAGGUCCCAUCUUAUCCAUCGCUAUGAUGGGGACUGUCACAAUGAGAUUCGUUUCUUGGUGUGUGGGAAGAGAUUGAAUGCUCAAUUCAACCUGAGGCUGGAGCAAGUUCGUGUCCCGCAGACCCUCCAGGUUGCUCUGAAGAACUCUGGAGUUACAACAAUUUCGUCUUUGGCAUAUGCUCAUGGACAACCAGGACAACCAAUUGUGGCGGAUGAGUUCGCGGCCUGGGUUAGACAAAUUGAACCAAGUGCCACCAUCGGAGCUGUGUCGGCUCUCAAGCGUCUUCUAUUUGAAAGUCAAACUCAGUUGCUGGCUAUGCUGAAGGAGCAAAUUACAAACCCAGAGCCGACAGUGGCAAGGAAAGUGCCCCAGGCGGAGCGUGAAGCUCGAUUGGCCAACUUGAGGAACAGACUUGUUGGGGUCCUCAUUGAAGGCCAUGCAGAACCUUGCCAUGCCCUCCUGGAUGCAGCGACACAGUUGUACGACCAGAACAUACUGCGAUACAUUCCCUUGGAGAAAUGCUUCAGUCGCCUGACUGAGCUGUCGGCAUCCAACAAAACUCAUACCAAGUUGCUUGAAGUAGAGGCUUCGAAAGUAGUGGUGAAGGACAAGGAUGCGGAGAUUGAAGCCAGCGUUCAGUCUUCGUAUCAGCUUCUGGAAGCCUUGAGGCCUGACCUUGCCGGAAUCUUAGCCUUGGAUACCGAGUUGGAAGAAUCCCUGAAGACUUAUGAAGUGAGUUUUGCACUCUUGUACCGCCCUUACCAGACAAAAGGAAAAGGAAAGACCAAGUCAAAGUUCGAGCAAAGAAUUCCGAAAGAAAUUCUUGAUGCCGGAGGCACUGCUGCAACACCAGACGGAGCACCAAUCUGCUUCGAUUUUGCCUUCAAGAGAUGCCGUGAGACUGUUGCUGAAGGCCCCGAAGGGCAAAAAUUUUCUACCUCAGAAGAGACCGCUUACCCAUUGCCGUUGGCUUACCACAUCGCUUAUUGCUUGGCGCAGGAACUGAUCCUGAAAGGUGAAAAGCUGCACGACGCCUGGCAUGGCAUCCCAUCGGGUUCUUGCCUCUUGAAGUCCGGUGCCCAGUUUGUAACUGCAGCUGCAAAUGCCGGACAUCCUGUAGGGGGUGAAGCUAGACUGCCCAAUGCCCUUAGUGAAGCCAUCCGCUUUGUGUCAUGCCACUCUGUGCAUGAAGUGGCCCAACACAGGCUGUCCACUUUGAAGUUUUGGUUGGCUCGUGGGAAAGCACUAGCUGCUGCAGAAAAGGAUUUGCAUGACUCUUUGCACCCUUCGAUCAAGAGCAUCCUCGCUCCAAAAAGACUCCUCCUUUGGAAAGAGAUGCUUGCAUUUUACAAUUAUCCGGACCCUGCCGUGUUUGACGAAGUGGUUUCAGGGGUGUGCCUUUCUGGGACGGCGCCAUCGGUCCCAUUCUUUGAGCCUAGCUUCAAACCUGCUAGGAUUACGGAAGGUGAAUUGGCCUCGUCAGCUCGUGCUUCGCGUGUGGCACUUUUGGCUUCAGUGAGAUCCUCAGGUGACCUGGAAAUCGACACCGAGGUUUACAAUAAAACUUUGGAUGAAGUCGCCUGUGGGUGGCUUGAAGGGCCGUUGGAUUUGGGCAUGUUGGGUGAUGAUGCUGUGGUUAGCCGGAGGUUCGGCAUCCGGCAGACAUCUGGUGAAGCGACGAAGAUCCGUUUGAUUGAUGACUUCACUGCCUCAAAUGUUAACCAGACGGUGCAGGUUGAUAAUGCACCAAAGCUGCACACACUUGACAUCGUGGCGGCGCUCUGCAUGGAAUUGUUGAGGCUGCCCUGUGGUGAAGCCUGGGUUGGAAAGACAAUAGAUCUCUCCUCGGCAUAUAGACAACUUGGAAUUUCUCCAUCAUCGCGGUGGGUCUCUUACAUAGCCGUGUAUGACCCUUCGUCUCGAUGUGCAAAGAUCUUCUCCAUGAGGGCGCUGCCGUUCGGAGCCAGCCGAUCGGUUUAUGCAUUCUUGAGGGUAGCCCACUCCCUUUGGUGGCUGGGUUGCACUGCAAUGAAAUUUCUUUGGAGCAGCUUUUUCGAUGACUUUAUAACUUUGUCGCGCAAGAGUGAAGCUGAUGCCAUGUCUAUUGCCUCGUCGCAGUUCUUCCGCCUCCUGGGUUGGUUGGUGUCGGCUGGCGAAAAAGACUUGCCCUUCUCCGAAACUUUCAAAGCCUUGGGAGUGGAGAUAGAUUGCUCUGCCUGGCAAAGUGGUCUAGUGAAGUUUAGGAACACCCCCAAACGCAUAUCCGAGCUCAGUGAAACGAUAUCUUCCGCGUUGAAGCGGGGCCGCCUUGGCUCCCAUGAGGCCCUUGUUCUCAGAGGCCGUAUGCAGUUUGCCAGAGCCCAAAUCUGGGGUAGAGCGCCGAAGUUGUGCUUGGCGGCAAUUACAGCGCAUGCUUAUGGCGAGAAUGACGGCAGCCUUUCAAAUCAUGCAAAAGCUUGUUUGAACGCCUUCCUGGAUAGCCUGACAGCUGCGAGGCCCCGAGAAAUAACAGCCCAAUGGGAUUUGCCAUCAUUGCUCUUCACAGAUGCCAGUUUCAAUCCUGAGAAUGAGAGUUGGCCAUGCGGCCUUGGAGGGGUCUUGUGUGAUUCGACAGGAAAGCAGUUGGCGGCCUUAUCAAUAUCUUUGACACUGGAUGAUUUGCGGAACUCUUCCGAAGGCAUUGAUGUGAGCUUUGUGAAUGUUAGCCUGGUGAGGCUUCACUUCGACAAACUGCCUUUUUGGAUUUGCAGAAAUGGAAACUUGAAUGUGAAUGUCCUGGAGGAUUUGAUCCUCACCUCGCUCCCGAACGUCCUCAUGCAAUCCGAAUUGACAUUGCUUGCAGCUGGCAUCAGCAUCGUGUUGCAAUACAUGAAUUCCUCGAUGGAACAGGCCAACCGAAGUGACUGGACUCUGAGGGCUUCGAGGUGCGAGAACAUGGAAGAGAUUUUGAAAGCCUGCACGAUUUUGCUGGAGUGCUGCGGGCGCUCGGACUUCAUGCGGUCUAUUUACCACUUAUGGGCGCUUUGCAGUAACGCAAUGUUCUUGUUCGAGCAGCAGUGGUGGCCCGAGCAACCUACGGAAACAAGGACCCACGUUGCUACCCCACAGGUGCCUCUGAAAUUAUCGGCACUGCUGCGUCCUGGAUGGAGGGAUCAACAUAGGUUGGUCCGGCUUGGGAUGGCCUCCCUCGUGGUUUUCCGUGAUUGGUUUACAGAAUUCUUUGAUGCUCAUUUGCACCAAGAUGUCCUCAACAUCGUGAAGGACUCCCUCCUGAUCUUCCAGACCGCGGUCGACCUUUUUGAUUUGCAUGAAGCAGUUCAUCACCAACCUGCUGCUGCACUGCCUGAUGUUGAGGACGCACCGACACAUUCCUCUACAGACACCCCCGCGCCUACAGGCGGGACGUGA